UCAGUGCAGUAGUCUUCGUACGUGCAGUAGUCCUCGUACGAUUACACUAUAAACACCGUUUAUUAUGUCAUACAUUAAUAUUUGAGAAAUAAACUAAACAUGGGUGUUGACAACUGCUAUUUCCUUUUGUUUAUUCGUUAUUUUCACAAACAUCCGGUUUUUCACGUGAGCGUAAAAAUGUAAAUAAGGAACAUUGCUGGCUUGGUCUCCGUACAUCGCAUGAAAAUAAACAACUGAUUAUAACUGUUCAUUGAAGACAUGGGGCCUAAAAAAUACACUCAAGAUGAAUUUGCUAAAGCCUUAAGACAAAUUAGAAAUGGAUGCUCAAUUUCAAGUGUUUCUAAAUCAACUGGGAUCCCGAAGCAAACUUUAUAUGAUCAUUCAAAAGGCAAAUACAAGAACAAAAUCACACAGAUGGGUCCAGAUAGAGCAUUGACUGAAAGUGAAGAGAAAGCCUUAGUAAACUAUUCUUUGUAUAUGUCUGACAGGGGCUAUCCCUUGACUAGAAGUAUGAUUAGAGCUUUUACAAGGGCAAUUAUCAAAAAGUCUGGCAGAGAUACUAAAAUUAACAUGCUUAAUGGUCCUUCCCAUGAAUGGAUAAGAAAAUUUCUUAAAAGACAUCCAGAAUUGUCAGAAAAGCACCCUGAUGUUUUAGACAGAGAUAGGGCACAUGUUACAAAUAAAGAAAUUACUGAAUACUUUAAUCUGUUAGAUAAAGUUCUUACAUCAAAAAAUCUUCAUGAUAAGCCACAAUGCAUAUUCAAUUGUGAUGAAAGUGGUUUCAGUGCUAGAGAAAAAUUUAGAGGCAAAGUUAUCAGUCGAAAAGGCAAGCACUCAUACCAGCAAGUAGUUAAAUUCACAGGUCAUACUACAGUUCAUCUGGCAAUAUCUGCUGCAGGUAAAGUCAUUCCACCUUGCAUUAUAUAUGAGAAAACACUGCCACGUAAUUGCGACUUUGCUCCCAAAGAAUACCGACUAUCUGCAACUCAAAAUGGUUACAUCAACAUGAAAUUGUUCUUUGAGUGGUUCCGUGACAUAUUUGUACCCAACUGUGGGUCUCAACGUCCAGUUCUUCUAACUAUGGACAAUCAUGCCUCACACUUUUGCCCUGAUUUGGUAGAUCUUGCUAUUGAGGAAGGUAUUGAACUUUUGUUUUUGCCUCCUCAUGCUACUCACUUGCUACAACCUCUGGAUAAAGGUUUCUUUCAUCUUCUGAAACAGAAGAUGACAGAAUCAGCUUUGUCAGUUGGCUAUGCUGGGGCCCGUGUAGUGCCAAGAGAUAAAUUUGCAAGUCUUCUUUACCAUGGGAUUAACCGCAUUUCACCUCAUGAUAUCAUGUCAGCAUUUCACAAGACUGGCAUGUUCCCAUUGAAUCCAACUCAGGUGUCAAACCCUAUUGAAAUUGCAAUGAACAUUUCUAGUAGUGGUGAAAAUCCAUUGGAAGAAGAUGAAUCUUGUCAAGAAUGUGGAGGACAUUCUGUUACAAACCGUCUUGUAAAAUUAGGUAUUGUCCCUGCAGAUUUGGCACAUAUCCUUGUUGAACCUCCACUUGUCAAACCUAAACAAAAAAGAAAAAGAAUUGAAGGUGCAAGGUGGAUCACAGUUGCAGACCUGAAUUCAUCCGAAUCUCAGAGUGCCUCAACAUCCUCAGCAACAGCUGAAAUACAUAUGGAGACAAACUCAGAUUGUGAUUACGUUGAUGAUGGUAUUGACUGUUCAAUAUGCAAAUUAAGGGACAGGGGCUUUUGGGUAGGAUGUGACAACAUCAUAUGUGAAAGGUGGUUCCACUAUGAAUGUUUACCAAGUAGUCAACAAACUCUUUUUGACUUGAGUCUGGUUACAAAGGAUGAGUGGCUUUGUGAAAUGUGUCAGGAAGAAUAAAUCAUAUUAAAACACAACAAAACAAUAAAAGCAAACACAGUGACUUGUUUGAUUGUUUUAUUCAUUGACAGAAAUAUAAACUGUAAAAACUUUGUUCCAGUAUUCACAAUAUUCAUUUUGUCUAACAAUUAUAUACAUGCAGUUACAAUAUUUACUAACCUUGUUUGUAUUGUUAAGCAUUUCCACAGAAGGAAAAAAAUUAGUGUUCUGUACUUUAAGAAUUUGAGUGAAACUAUUCACUACUUGUUGUUGUUGUCUUAAUACCCAAAAAUAGAAAGAAAAUGAUGCACACACUAUUUGAAUUUGAGAUAUUUAAUCAGUUUAGGUAUAUAUGAAGUGAUUUCAGUUUAGUUUGUGAAAAUUAUACAGUUAAAUGAGAUAAAAACCAGGUGUACGAGGACUACUUCACUUGGGACUAAAAUAGUGUGCAGUGAGUACACUUGUAAUUAAGUGUCCUAUAAAACGGAUGCAUCUAUGGAAACGGUUAUGUUUUGUUUCAAAAGUUAAGGGAUUAUCUAAUGUUGAUUUUAAAAAGGUAAGUUCCCUUUCAUGUUUUCCUGUAUAUUUUUUACCAUGUCAUUUCUAAUAAAUUUGUCCGAGGACUACUGCACUGGG